UAGCCAGUGUGGCAGGUCGAUAAUAAUAGUCGAGGCAUCCCUCCCCUCCAGUGGAGAGUGUCCGGUUGAGUGCGAUGAGGGGGAGUGGGUCGGUCGUUAAACAGACAGGCAUCAGCGCGUGCAGCACCGGACCGGAGUAGGAUCAGAGGCGCGAGCAGCUGCGGUUGGAGCUGGGGGGGGAGGGAGAGGCGCGAGCGGGCAGGCACGGGGCAUGAGCUGCUCCCAGGGAGACCGCCACUCGGGCCCUCGCUCGCGGUAAUAAUGAUUCACCAUGAAUCAGAGAGACCCCUUGGUACAUCUGUUUGCUGGCGGCUGUGGGGGGACAGUUGGAGCUAUUUUAACGUGUCCUUUGGAAGUAGUGAAAACCAGAUUGCAGUCGUCAUCCGUCACUUUGUAUAUCCCAGAAGUUCACUUCAAUACAAUAAAUGGGGCACGUGUGAGUCGGGUGGCUCGGUUCUCACCUGGCCCUCUGCAUUGCUUAAAGAUGAUUCUAGAAAAAGAGGGUCCACGUUCUCUCUUUAGGGGAUUAGGACCUAAUCUGAUAGGCGUCGCACCGUCAAGAGCAAUAUACUUCGCUGCUUACUCGACUUCAAAGGAGAAGUUGAACACGGUCCUUGAUCCAGAUUCUAGUCAGGUCCAUAUGGUCUCGGCUGGAGUGGCAGGCUUUACAGCUAUUACAGCCACCAAUCCAAUCUGGCUAAUAAAAACACGCUUGCAACUGGAAGCACGGAACAGAGGUGAAAGGCGAAUGAAUGCUUUUGAAUGUGUGCGAAGAGUAUAUCAGUCUGAUGGUAUCAGAGGCUUCUACAGAGGAAUGUCUGCUUCCUAUGCUGGCAUCUCUGAGACUGUGAUUCACUUUGUAAUUUAUGAAAGUAUAAAGCAAAAACUGUUGCAAUCAAAGGCUUCUUCAAACAUGGAUCCUGAAGAAGAUUCUGUAAAAUAUGCUUCGGACUUUAUUGCUCUAAUGCUGGCUGCUGCGACAUCUAAAUCAUGUGCCACCAGUAUAGCAUAUCCUCACGAGGUCAUAAGAACUAGACUACGAGAAGAAGGAACAAAAUACAGAUCAUUUUUUCAAACAUUCUCAUUAGUAAUAACUGAAGAAGGUUACAGAUCCCUCUAUCGAGGUCUUAUCACUCAUCUGGUCAGACAGAUUCCAAACACUGCUAUAAUGAUGGCCACCUAUGAGCUUGUAGUUUACCUGCUUGAAGGAUAAUGGAAAUGCUGUUUCAAUGCAAGAACAUGGAAGACCAAAGGAUUUGACUGGACCAGAAAGCCACAAAUAGAUUUUUAACACUUGGAAGUACGAGUCAGUUCUGAAGAUUAAAUUUGUUGUUAAAUCUUAAUAUCUGGUUGCUGAAGAAAAUCUGCUUCGAUUCAGAGACUGGCAUUCAUCACCGUGGCAAUGACUUGGAUAGACAGAAUUACUUCACUUGGCAGGGAACAGUUGAGCGAUCUAAAUUUCACAUUAUCUUAGGAUAUCAUAUUUCAUUAUUCCAUUUAUAUUUUCCAUAAAACUUAAAAUGUUAUUCAGUCAAUCCAUUAAAAUUUUAAGUGUACGAAAACCAUUCUUAACAACAACACUACCCCCCCCCCCCCCCCCCCAACUACCUUACGUGGCACAAUGGUGUGUGAGGGAAUGGAAUCUACCCUUGUUUCCAUGCACAUGUUUGCUAUUUUAUUGGAACCAGUUGAGAUCCUAACUCAUGUGAACAGCAACCAUUUUGAUGAGAUAAACGAAAACAAAUUUUUCGUUCAAAGUUGAGAUCGUGGUGCGAGGGUUUAUGUUAUAAUUCUUGAAUGAAAUUUAAAAUGCGUCACUUCCAAUCGGAUUCAUGGCAUGCAAACCCCUCUCGGCAGAAAAAUUGUUGUCUUGUAAUUUCACUGAUGGAAACAGAUUGCCAUAUUACACUGCCGUGAAGCAGUUAUUUCAAUACCGGACUGUACAGAAAUCUGAUUUAAACUCUUUAGACAUGGUUUACGAGGCUUCAAAAAUCUGAUAAUGACCGUAAGAUAAUGUAAAAUUGAUUUUGUUUAGUGUUCCCUUUAAAAUGUCGUACCUACUUUGUGGCAUAAAUGUAGGCUGCAUUGCUUGAAAAACCAAAAUUUACUGUAAAAAUGAAUGCAUUGUAAAGUGAUCAGCCCACAGUUACCUACAAAACAAACUGAUACUGCAGAUGGAGCAGUUUGGCGAAAAACCUUUUAUAAUGCUCCACUUUAUGUUAUAAGUAUGACAAAAAUUCUUUGAGCACUUUGUGGCCUUUUCUGCCUUGUGAAUUUUGUUUGUUCUGAUAGUUUCAGUUCAUAAAUCAUUGAAAUGGUUUUAACAGAAAAUCUUACACAAGUCAUCUGCUCGACUAGCAUAGCAUCUAUUAAGUGCUGUACAUUGUGCAGUAUAGACAGCUUCUUGACCUGUACUGUCAAUAAUAUGUAUCUUUGGAUUUUUUAAUACAGCAAACAAUUUUCUGCAAACUACAUUUUUCCAUUUAUUGAAACUUCUUUAACAAGAUGUUUCUUGUUUAAUUUUACCAUCUCGUUUUACCUUCAUUCAUAUCAUGGAUGUGAACCCUAAGAGACCUUAAGAUCUCCAUAUUUUGACAGAAUACAGAUUUGUUUAUCUAAACCUUUUAUGGAUAAACUGGUUCUGUUGAGCUGCAGAAAGAAACUAAGUAAAGCAUUAAGAACUGAUAAUUCAUGCACUGUGUACAGAUAAAAAUGAAGUACCUGAAGGAGGUGUCACGCAACUUAUAACUAAAUGAAAUUAUUUUUCAACACAGCUAAUGGAAUUGUGGGUGCAUUUGGCAAGUUAUACUGAAUCAGAAUAACUUUGUGAAAGAAGUUACAGCAAAGUAGAAUUGAUAUGAUUUUUUUUAUAAGUUUAGUCAUCUGCACCAAAAUACAAGUGUGUAUCUAUUUUAAUAUUAACCAUCCCAAAUCUCAAACACACAAGACUCGUUCAGCUGUAAUGCCUAGGACGUUUUAAUUUUUUAAAAAUUUAAUGGUUAAUUCUCAUUACUGAGUAUGUGGUAUCCUGGAAGAAUCUAGUUGUGCAUUUGGGCUGGGAUUGUGCAGCUUCCACUUUGUUUCUCGUUAUUAUUAAUUUUGCAACAGUAACAUUCUCACAUCCUAUAUAUUUUAAGAUAAACAUGCCAAAUUGGCAUAAUACUGUUACCUUGCAACGAUAUUGCCGUUCAAUUCCAGUCCAAAAGUGUGCUUGAUCCUUUUGCAUCCUGCAUCCUUGGAUGUAAGUAAUGUAUGUACAUAAUCUGUACAAGAUCAUUAAUUCUAAGUUCUUUAUGUGGUUUGGAUGCUUUGACAUUGCAAAGGAUUAAAACAAUAUUAGCAAAAAGCUUUUGCAAAUUCCUUAGUAUGCAUUGAAUAUGGUAGUUCUGCAUGCUUCUAAAUACAGUGUUGUGCCACAAUAUUAUUUGACCAGCUAGAGAGAACCUGUUGAUGAAUUUCCACUCACCUGCUUCUCAUUCAGUGCUAUUUCAGAUGUACCAAUAUUUGUGCAUUGACUUUAAGGAAGUGAUAUAGCUUAUAUAUGCCUACUUGACUGAGACUUGCUCAUGCGUUUUAAUGUCCACAAUGAUACCAAUUUUUUUUUUGUAUAGAAUCUGAAUACCUCUGUUUUAAUAGGGCUCAGACGGAGUAAAAAAAUGUUGUUUUGUUGGGUUGAUAGUCCGAACCUAUUUGGGUUUCAGUUCAUUGGAUUUUAAAAAUAUAUUUUGCUUUUUUUUGAAAUAAUUAACAUAAUUCAGGAUCCUCUUGAAUGAUAUGGCAAUACCAAAUGAGUUCUGAUAGAGUAAGGAAUAAGCAAUCAUAUUUCCUCAAUUUAAUUUGACGAAAAUAAAACUUUUAAAGGUCCACUGAUUUUUAAAUGUAAUGUUCAGAUGCAGUCCUUUGUCUAAAAGUUUAUCUGGUCUGACAGAUUAUGAAAGAAAUGGUGCUGUUUUGUGUUCCUAUCAACAACUGAUAAUGAACAUAACCUGAUGAGAGAAAGCUGCUCUAGUAAAGUGACUAAAAGAGAUGGGAUAGAAGCAAGUAGAGAAUGAGUUCUUUUGCCCAUAUCAUUUGGGGUUAUUUGGACAGGUUUUUUUUUCUUCCUGGGGGAAAAAAUUCAUUUAAUAAACCUGACCAAUAUUAUAUCAGUCUGAACCUAUCCUUCCUUCCACCAAAAACUCCUUAGUUGAAGUGGGUUAACCAUUGAUGCUUUCUGUACCUUUAGUCUUACCCAAGCGACCAUUCUGAAUAUUUUAGGUCAGUGAGUAAAUGUAUUGAUGGUUCAUGGAACUAUGCCAUUGCAGCUAAAUUCUGUCUUAUCCAAUUUCUUAAUCGGUUUAAAGGGGAUUAAUAGUAAGGAUUCUGCAUGAUUUUGUAAUUCUGUCACAGGAUAGAUCUCAACACUGAGCUGAGUUAACAGGAGAAUUCAAAAUGAGAUCAUACUGUCUGUUCUAUGUAGUACCACACUCUAUGGUCUAUUUACUCUGAUCACCCAAUAAUAAGUGAUUCAGAAAUUAUAUUCUUAUUAAAUUACUGACAGUUUCUUCCCUUUUUUCAUAUAGGCAUACAAGAAUAGGUACAACACUAAAUUCGUAAGUCCUCAGUAAAUAGUUGUGGGUUUUAAAAGAAAAGUAUCCUUCAAUUUAAUCUGAUUUUUCUGUUCUCAACUUCAAUAUUGGAUUUCUUUUUACUACCCUUUAUCAACUUGAGGGUAUUGUCAUAUUGUUUUUCCUGUUUUGAAAUGUAAUCACUAUUUUAUAAUCUCAUUAUACUUCCCAAACUGCUGCUUCCAGGCAUCUGAAUUUCUAACACUGAAUGCUUUUAAAUAUUUUGGGUACAGUAUUAAAAGUCCACCUAUUUGCAGCUCCUCAUACUUGCAACUUAUAAAUGUUGCUUUGUAGCUUAUUUACUCAAACUCUCAAUGGUAGACAUACUGGCAAAGCACAGGACACUUCAGUCCACAUACUGAUCAAAAAUUGUAAAAGGUUAAUUUUAUUUAAAUAUUAUCAAUCUGCUAAUCAUAUUAUGGCCUUUUGUGCAAAAUAAGUUAUAAUUGAGAGACAACCAUUUGUUGUAGUGACUAAUCAAUUUAUAAAGAUUAUUAACCUCCCAAGAAAACGUUGUCAUAAAACAUGACUUGGUCUCAGUGCUCUUUUCAGUAAACUAAUGCUGAAACUAUCCAAGUAUCUUAUCUUUAGUACCACUAUGUUCAAAUAACUAAUGAAAAUGAGAGCAUAUAGGUGGUGUUACAAACCUCUGUAGCUUUACCACAGAACUGGUUUAUUCAGUUAAAUGGUGAUCACCAUUUGAAUUUGUCUUGCUAAUCGCAGUUCAGUGCUUUUUCCUUGCAAGCUCUUUGCAAAGCAAUUAAAACUGGAACCCGGGCAGAAGUUAAUUGUUCCGUUAUAGGAGAAGUAAGAAUUAUUUGACACUGCUGCACUCAACUAUGUUUCUUGUAAGCUAAUCAAGGCAGAGCAAUGACACUGGAUAAAUACAAAAUAUUGGUCAUGCUUCAGUGACACUGAAGUGAAAGAUGUGAAAGCUUGGGUUGAUUUGAAGGGAGGAUGAUCAUUCUUGUGCAUGUUUGGCAAGGAAGGAGGAAGUUCAGAAGCUUGUGGGUCCUGUACUUCACUGUCAAACACAUAAUGUGUAUAAGCAAGUGCAUGUAUAAUUUGCUUCACGUUUUUUUAUCUUUGAAAGCUCAGGCUUUACAUGUUGAUUUUUUUAUUUUCAGUAGAGUAGCAUAACUUAAUGAAGAUUUUGACUGUGAAUUUUAUUUAGGAAACGAUUGGCUUGUUUACAGUUACAUUUUCCCACCAAGGUUUCUAUGUUUGACAUACUUCUGGAUGGUUGUAUAGUUAAACUGCAUUAAACAAAUGAUAUUUGAUCAUGUGGUUGUGCUGUUAAUUUUAAGGUUAAAUAUUUUUGGCUCAAUUGCAGGAAAAGAUUAUUUAGCGCUUGCUUACCUUAUGUGGAACAAAUGCAGUUUUCAUUUAAACCUGCCUACUCUAGGGUGACAUUUCUGUGAUAUAGAUCUUCGUGUUUGUGCCCAGUAGCUGGGAAGUGUGGUAAAUUUUUGUUUUAAACACUAAAUGUUACACAUUAGAAGACUUCAGAACCCUUGACUCAAGCCAGUUGAAGGCACACCUAGGGGGUGCCCCUAAUGUAGUUGUAUUUCACCAUUUGACACUUACUCACCAAAUCUCCAUGCAAUGUCUAAUCCUUCUGUUUUCUUGCUCCCCCCACCCCCGCCCAUUGCUUAAAAUGAUAAAACUAAAUAUUUGGAACAGCUUCCACCAAUGGAUAGAAUUUUCUCAACUGAUGGUACAUGUAAAUCCUAAAGUGUUAAUAUCAGUGUCAAUCAGACUUCCUCCUCUUUCCUACCACGCUACCCCACUACGACCGUCACAAAUUUCUCACGUAAAAGAGGUACAAUGUGAGUACUUAAGUAUAAUCUGCUUUUCUGAAGUAACAGUAUUUUAUAUUGGAAAAGGUGAAUUUUACGUCUCAAUAUUUCUUGCUUUUUACAAUUAAAAUGAAUUAUCUCAGUCUGAAAUUCUUUGAUUCUGAAGUAAAUGAAUAAUCUACAAGGUCCUCAUGCAAUAUUGCAUAUAGUUAUCUGUCAAGCAGUAACUCAAAUUUGGCACAUCACCUGUGAAAUGUAGGAAUUCACAAACACAAUGUAACAUGAGUUUAUUACUAAUUUUAAAUCAUGGAUUUGGCACACUAACUGACUCUCUCAAUUUUUUAUUUGCCUAUAUAGUCUUAG